GCGUGUCAGGUGGACUGAAAUAGCUGUUGGGUGGAUCUCGGCUCAGCACCCUGUACCUUGUACUGUCCUGGUCCCCUGGAACCAACACUUACACAGGCGAUAGGAACAGUGCUACUUAUUAACAGGGAUCUUGAACAUUGGUUUCUUCAGCGUACCAGCAAAGUCACGCGAAACGGACACAGUUGUCUGUUAAAGAAAGUCAGUUACAAGCGUUGAUCGCACGUUCUAAUCAAAAUGGAGGGUCAGCGAACUCCUGAGAUUCUGGACUACCGGAAUAAGAAUGGUCAUGGAUGGUCCUUCUUCAAACAUGACGGCAUCCUCCGGUCGAUUAACACCACUCCUGAGGAUGUCACGGAAAUGACCCGAAAAGUUCAGAAACUCGAACUGAGAGAUGAUGACGUCUUGGUUGCAGCAUAUCCUAAAUGUGGUACCCACUGGUUGUGGGAAAUCGUCACCAUGCUCAAGGCCGGUAACUCUGAGUACAACAAGAAGGCUAAGGAAAUCGCCAUGUUGGGGAUGCCGAAGUUUGAGCGGGCUGAUGAACUCCCCUCCCCGAGAGUUCUAAACUCACAUCUAAAUUUCCGUCAUCUGCCGGAAAAGCUGGUGGAAAAGAAGAUACGAACAAUCUUCAUCAUGCGAAAUCCCAAAGAUGUCAGCGUAUCCCUUUUUAACCAUCUUAACGGAAUAAAAUUGAGUUUUAGGUUUGACGGGACGUAUUCAGAAUUUCUGGAUCUGUUUCUGGAAGGAAAAGUGGCCAGUGGUGAUUAUGUCGACUACGUAAAGGAUUGGCUGCAAGUGAAACAGGACAACCCGGACUUGCCAAUGUUGACGUUGUUUUAUGAAAACUUGAAAAAGGAUCCUGUUAAAAACAUCAAAACGGUUGCCGACUUCAUUGGAGUCCCUGUCAGUGAUGAACUAUGUGAGCAAAUAGCAGAAGCGUGCAGCUUUAAGAAGCUCAAAUCGGCAGACACUGAAGUCAAAGAGCACACCACUAAUCCGUUGAGCAUGUGGAAGGAAGGUCGCCAAGGAGUUUACAGAAAAGGUGAAGUAGGGGAUUGGAAGAACUGGAUAACAGUUGCCCAGAACGAAAUAUUUGACAACGUCAUUGAGCGCCGAUUUGAAGGAACAGGCAUUGUAUUCACGUAUGAAUAACGGUUAUAUGGUGAUCAUGGGGUUGUGGACACUGAAUGCCAAAUAUCAUCCAGGAUAUAUCCAUGAAUAUUCAUCUCUAAGCUGUAUGUUCAUGUCAAACCACAGAGUUUGACCUCUGACCCUUACAGGUUAUUUGGCUGACACUGAAAUUGAGGUAAAGUUAGGCAGAAUCAAUCAAUGUUGUAACAAGAUGGAUGACUGAGUUUUUGUGUUUGUGUUGUGCCAUGAACCAUUAUCCGAUUUAUAUACCGUUACUUGUUGGCUAGAAUCAAUCAAUGUUGUUCCAAGAUGGAUGGGUGAUUGAGUGGUAUUUGUGUUGUGCCAUCAACAGUUAUCCAUGUUAUAUACCCGUUACAUGUCAAAACAAAUCUAAGGGAAAUAUAAGUAACUGUAUUUACAAUGUAUUUACCGGUAUUUGAGUUUGAAACUGCAUAUAUUAAAAAAGCUAUGUCCUUGAAGCUAGUAUUAUGUGUAAAUGUUCGUAACACGUGAGCAAAGCAUAAAACAAUCUAUGAAUGUAUUAUGUCUGUAAAUAUGGAUUAAACUGACAAAGUUUAACAAUUAUGUUAUGAAACCCCUGUCAUAAAAU